AAGCUCGCUUCAGAGGAUUUACCAAAAAUGACGUAUAAAAGUCUCGGAGAAAAUGAACGGCAUCCUGAUACGGUGGCGCUUUGGUACAUUGCAACAAAUCGUCUUUCUAUUUUACAAAGUUUAUAUCGCGUCCACAAACAACCAAAGGUUGUCGAAUUCUUAAAUCAUGAUUUUUCUGAUCAACGGUGGCGAGAUGCUGCUAGCAAAAAUGCUUAUACGUUAUUAAAACAAAAACGGUUUUGUCUGGGAGCAAGCUUUUUUCUUUUAGGUGAAGCUUUUGAAGAAGCUUUCAAUGUUUGUUUUCGUCAAUUAAAUGAUCCCCAAUUAGCGUUAUUUCUUUGUCGAGUGAUGAUGAUUCGCUUUAAAAAUGAUGUAACGAAAUUUUCGCUCUUUUCAAACUAUUUUAAAAAUAUAACACUUAAUGAAUUGUUACCCAUGGCUGUGAAAUUCCACGAUGCAUGGUUGCAAUCUCAGCUUUUAUGGUUGAAUGAUUAUUAUGUCGAUGCUAUUCUUGCUAUGCUACCUGAAAAACUACGUCCGUGUCUUCUAAUGAAGGAAUCAGGCCAAAUCUCGUAUUCUAUUUUAAACAGUGUGUAUUCCUCAAAUGUUUUGAUGCGACCUGAUCAUCAAUGGUAUUUUUCUAAAGGAACUACACUGGGACCCUUAGAAGUUAUCAAAGAUUCUCUAGUUUAUCCAUUGUUGUUAACAAAACAGACUUUUUUUGCGUCUCUGUAUCGGCGGUAUCUUUUGAAAAAUGUUCAUGUGCGUCGUUCACUUGUGACUGUCAAACAAAAUUUUCCGAAAUCACCACUUCGAAGCUCUAUUGCGAGCUGGUCACAUGCUGAUUUGGAUAACUCCAAUCCUUAUAUUGAAUUAAACAGUUCGUUAAUGUUAUGCAAGUCUGAACACGUCAUGCCUGAAAUUCUCUGCUUUAUUGUUGAAGCUAUGGAACUUUUUAUCUCUCAUGUUGAAGUUAUUGAUCAAAUUUUUCAACUUGUCAAAGAUUUAAGAUACCCAUUUUUUACUGAUACAAAAUUCCCUUGUUCCUUUCAUUGGAUCAAUAUGUCUUCCUUUUAUCGCAUGAUGUAUGACUCCAUUUAUUUAACACAUCGAGAAAUAUGGUCAGGCGCGUGUCCUAUGUUGAAAAAUUGUUCAAACAAUACUCAAGUCGAUUUAACGCAUAAUCCAUUCAUGACUUCUCCUAUGUCCUGGUGUGUAAAUCAUGGUCCUCAUUAUUUUAUUCACUGGUUAGAUAAAACCUUUCUUCAUGCCUAUAAGGAUAAAAAUUUAAUAAAAGAAGAAACGCCAGAAAUGACGUCUCCUGUAUCUCCUUUCCAUAAAAUGCAAAUAGAAGCAACAUCGCGUUCUUCUUCAAUUCCCUCUAUUCCUUUUGAUUUACAUAAGAGCUUAAAUGAUUAUUUGAAACGAAACCCUCGGCUUGACGUGAUGUUCACAUUUAAAAAUUUUUCGUUCGAAAAUUGUAUUAGUUGCAUUUUCGGAUGGACAAAUUCUCUAUUUUCACUUCUUUCUGAACUUUUCUCAAUACAAUUUCAUAAAGGCACUUUCCGCUUUGUAUCAAAUCCUAUAAAUCAACAGAUUUCUUCUCCGUAUGCUUUACUUUGUUGUUCUUUUUUAAGUGUCGCAUGGUUUCAUACUGUCCGGAAUUCUCUUCCUAUUCAUUCUAUCACACGAUUUCUAGCUCUUUUAACAACCAGUUCAAAUAUCCUAGCUUGUACUUUAUUGUUAUUACCCAGCACCACUGAAGCAUCACAAAGUCGCACUCUGCAUAAUGAAACUGUUGGUCAAGAAAAGAAACAUACUAAUUUCACGAUUCGUAACGAAACAUGGACAACUCUGCAUGCUUUAGUAGAUAUUGUGAAUGACUUUAGUCAAUUAUCAGUUGAAAAUCAUUCAACUUUUAUUGAAACGACCCAUCAAUUUUUAGCUACAAUGAUGUCUUUAAUACGAUCCAAACCAACAUAUUUUCAUCAGCAUACAUCCCACACUGCACACCAAGGAUCUUUCAAAUCUCUUGCUUCUCAUAACUUAAGCGUAUCUCUUCGCCGUUUACAAUUAUGGAAUGGUUUACAAGAUAUGCUUUUAAUGUUACUGUUUGAUUAUAUAUUAGUAAUUUUGGAAAAAACAGUUCAAGCAGCAGAAGCUUGUUUCGUAACUUGUUUUCAAACAACAAAUCAUGAUUUCGUUGUUGGUCCUCAAACCAAAACAAGCCACUUAUCUUUUUCGAACUGUCAAGACACUUUACAAUGUGUUCUUGAUAUGUUUAAAUGCCUUGUUCGUUCAUUCCAAAAUGUUUUUUUUUGUGAGUAUCGUGUUAGUAAAAUGACACAGUUCAUUUUGUUUGUAACUCUUGAAUUUCCGUCAUUUAUUCCUCGGAUGUGGCCGAUUUCAAAUUCAACGUGUAGCGCAUUCACGCCGAGGCCGCCUUUGGAAAAUGUUUCAAACAAUGCAGAAGAACAUUGUUGGUCGACAUUAUUUAAAGAAACAGCUCUUGUCUCACAACAGGAAAUUGACUCUUUUUCUUCUUUAUGGUCAUGCCUUCAGUGCAGUCCUAAACUUAUACUUUCUUUAUGCAGGGAACCAAUGCAUUAUCUUCCCGACAUUUUCACUGAUUUACUUCAUGCAUCGUUGACUCAUUUACCGUUAAAUAAGCGCGUUGGUCAAAUUCGUGAUCCACCAUUUUCUUUUACUGUUGAUUCCACACAACCUUUAUCGUGUUUGUAUCAUGUACCUACAUUAAGCGGAAAUUCGUUGUCUAUUUGUAAUGCGGUACCUGUGGGUUUGUCUGCAGCGAUCACAAGUUUAAGUCAAAAAUCCUCGUGCAAUACUUUAUUUAUAGCAACAAAAAAGAAAAAUACUCUUAUAAAUUUACCUCGAGCUAUUUAUUACGAAUAUGUUAAGUCCACUAACUCACAUACAUUCGACCAACACAAUUUUUCAAUAACGCAACCACGCGUACCAGCGUCUCUCAAUAUACUAAGUCACAACGCUCUGUCCCUUGCAGCUGGUGAAAAACAAUCGCAUCUCCAAGGAACAAAUGAAAAACAAUGUACUACCGGUCUUUCUAAUGGCAAGACGAAAAUCCAAUCUAAUGGCAUAACGUAUUUAACUCUUCCUGUUUAUGAGCAACAAAUAGCUUCUUGGAUCGCCCAUUCGGCAACAUUAUAUCGUCAUAAAAAAAUAUGUUCACCUAUUAAUAUUGAAGAUUCACGUAGAGCCAGUGUAACAGGGCUCUCUGUAAAUCAAAACGGUGAAAUUCCCAAAAAUCAUCUUGAGUUAUUAAACACAAAAUUAACUAAUCAAUUAAAACUAGGAGUAAAAAGACAUCAUAUGCACGCAAAACAAUUAAUAUUUCAUACAAAGGACUCUUGCUCAACUAAAAGUGCAAACCAUCCAGUUUUUCCAGUACAGAGAGAAAAUUCUCAAGUUAAUGACCAUUAUGGAAUAAAAUUGUGUACAACGGAAAAACAAUUACCAUUACCUACAAUUUUUUUAACUUUUGAAAUGUUUUUAUGCGGAAUACAAACGUCAGCCACUCAUUUAUUCAAUAAAAAUAUCAUUGAGGAAACAGAGGAUAUUCUAAAUUUUUCUAUUACAUUUAUCAAUAAUAAUUUAACGUCCUAUCUUUCAAACUUGUCAGAAGGUGACCAUUUAAAAGAAAAUUGCAUAAUACAACAUAUCAUGUCCAAGCGACGAAAUUUAAAUACACACGCUUCCUAUCUUUAUCUAACAUUUCUAAAUAAUAUUUUAUCUAAAAUUUAUUUAAAAAUUUUUAAAAAAUUAGAAAUCAAUUUCUUACACUCAUCGUUCACUCCUUAUCUAAAAAAAAAAUCAAAUGCCAAUUUUCAUGUGUCAUUACUUAUCAAUCAUCCUUUCCUUCCUAUCGCUGCAGGUGCUAUUCUUUUAAGUUUAAAAGAAUCUAUUACCCAUUUUUCAACGGAUAUUAUUCCUAUCAUUGGGUUAUGGAGUUUUUACUCAGGCGAAAUUAUCGGAACUUUUUCUCUUUCCACUAUAUCACCACGAUUUUUUUCUGCUCCCUCAAGUAAAACUAAAACAAAUGAAUUUCAUACGAUUCAAAGCAAUGCUCAAGAAAGAGUUGUUCAAAUUCACUCUCACUAUAAACAAAGACCCCAUACUGUCUUCUAUCCUUUUCUGUCAAAAUUUGACAGCACACAAAACAUCCUUAACACAACGCAACUUCCUACAUACCAACAAGCUGGACAUAUCGUAUCUUUACAAUGGUCUUCUUGCGGAAAUUACUUAAUUGCAGCCCAUAUUAAAGGCUGGGUAACACUGUGGAACUUUAUCGAUCCUAACAAAUUCAUUACAACCAACGCUACUCCCAUGAAUGCAACAACUCAAGCUUUAUAUUCUAAUCAGACAAAACCUUCAUGUUUACCUCUAAAUGAUUCUUCUUUUUUUUCUACUGGCAUCAAAAUUCAUAAUACUAUUUGUCGUUAUGCAACUUUACUUAAAAAUCCUUCUACAUGUGGUGACAUUUUAAUAACAAGCGGCCGAGGUUUACACAAUUCUAUUGUUUUGGAAAAUAAAGCAAUUCUUUCACAAAAAAAAAACUUUUAUGAUGCUUCUUGUCAUGUAUCUGAACAAAAUCUUGUGUGUGUAUGGGAAUGGCAACUUGAUCAUUUAAAAAAAAAGUCUUCUCAUUCUCUCCCAAAACUUUGUUUAAUAGAUAAUAACUUUCAUCGAAACGAUGAACCAACGUGUUUUGUUAUAUGGUAUGCAAGACAUCUUAUUAUUUAUGGAACAAAGUUAGGAGGUGUUCGAUACCUUAAUUUACGACCAUGUAGUAAGGUGAGUGAUUGGAUUAUUCCAUGUUCUCUAGUCAUUCAUUCAACUAACGAGAAUGAAAAAACCACCCUUGUUACACGUCAUGAUACUGGACUUUCAUCAAAAAGUAUUUUGAAAAUUUUCCUUCUUGAAUCCACACAUCGAUUAAUUACUUGUUAUACAGAUGCUACCAUCGGAAUAUGGAAUAUGGAGCCGUUAUGUUCUUUUUACUUUUCUAUUACCGGUUCACUACCUCAACUUCAACCACAAAACAAACCAUUCAUUACACAACUGAAACUUCUUAGCACAAGUGCAUCUAAAUCUUCUCUAAAAUUUAGUAAAAAACUGAAUACGCAUUCUUCUCAUGAAAAUUUCAAAUCUUCUCAUUUCGCCGGUAAAAUUGGAACAGUUCUUGCAAGAAGUAUUCAUGGCUCACGUCAUACAUUAAUUGAUGCUCAUAUGGUUGCAAAACACCAUAUUUUAACACUGACCGACGAUGGAAGCAUUAUGUUAACACGCCUUUUGUAGAUGAUCACAAAACGAACUCUUCUACAUGAUUCCCGCAAAUAAAUAUAUUGAACGCUAAAAUACAUCAAAACCUCAAUUAAGCUAGUUUUUUAAAGCAUUUUUUUUUUUAACUACAUUGAAUGUUAUGCUUUUCCGGUAAAAAAAAAUACUAUCACAACAAGUCAGGUACUCGUUGAACAAAACGGGAAGAAUUUCGUUGAACUGAUUUUUACAUUAGCAAAAUUCCAAAUUAAAAAAUAGAUUGAAAUGAAAGAAAAAAAACGUUCACUUUGUUUUCCUUAAGAAUAAAGCAUUAUUUAAAUAUCAUAAACCAAAUAUUUUUGUAACAACAGAAACUUACACU